AUGCAUUCUCUUCUCGACGAUCACAACUCAUCUGACAUCGACGUUUCCAACGCAAGUCCAAACGCAUCCAUCCAGCGAAUCAGUCAUAUCGUCACAAGUACACCACAUCAAGCGAACAAACCACGAGUGAACUUUCAUUCAGUUGAAUCGUUAGCUAUCUCAUCUUCGGUGAAUACCUCUUCUUCCUUUUCCCUUCAACCACCCGGUAAGUCACCUUUUCAUAAAGAAAGAUCGUUGACUUCAAUCAAGUCCGUGAGUAACGUGUUUGAUUCCAGUUUAAUCACAUUUCAUCUUGACGAAGCAUUAACAUCUAUUUCUCGUUUAGAUGAUACUGGUUACAACUCACUGAAUUCAUCAGCAUCGAUCAAUGAACAUCAGUCAUCGAUCACAAUAUCGACAAGUGAAAGAAAGUCACGGCGAAAGUUAAGUGACUGGCAAAUCUGGCAUCUUCGUCAAGUUUACUCAACAAAUCGAUAUCCAACACCGUGUGAACAAGAACAGCUAGCUCAACAACUUCUAUUGCCUUUAUCGUCGAUCCGUAUUUGGUUUCAGAACUAUCGUGCACGAUCUGGAAGAAACUUGUAA